ACGAUCUCUUCUCCACAAACAACAACGUUCUCCCUCCUCAUCGUCAUAAAAAAGCCAGAUCUGAAAUCUAACCGUCGGAUCGGGACAGAUCCGGUGAAUAUUUCGACUCCGAUCAGAGUUUCUUCGAAUCGGAACUCGACGCCGGCUUUGUUUUACGCUGGUCCAGUAACAUCGACAUCUCCGCCGCCGAGUGAAGUCCCUUUACCGGCGUUCUUCGCUAAGAAAAGCGUCUCUGUGUUCAAACCAACCGAUGCAACCAACGAUCUCAUCAGAAUCCUACGCCUAGAUAUCGCGUGAUUGAUUCAUUUCUGAUUUCUUCCUCUGAUCGUUCAAAUAAACCGGUCCGAUCUCGCAUUCUCCGGAAGUUAGAAGAUGCAGAGACAUCUUCGUAAUGAAAAAAUUUCGAAUUCUUCUCUUAUUUUUUUCAAGGGGAAAGAUCGAAAUUAUCUUCUUCUCAACAAGUCUUAAGUUUCACUUCUAGGGUUUAGUAUUGUAGUAUAUGUGAAUAGGCUUUUCGCAUUUCUUUAAGUCUAUUUUGAAUAAUGUUUGUCUUUAGAGUUUCAUAAUGAUCUGUUAAGUGUGAUUUAAGGUUCUAAGUAAAGAUGUGGUUUUUACUGUCCAGUGGUAUCCGAUGUCAUAUGUAAUCGUUUUGUUAGUGAAGAAGGUAUAUGAGACUUCAUAGAUUUGCAGUU